AAAACGGUAAACAUUCGCAUAUUCCAAGCCUUCAAGAAAGAGCGUAAAUAGCGGAUACUUCGUAAAAGUCCUUCAAGGUUUUGACAUGAAACACAACUCAAACGUCCCCGGUUUCCUCACCAAGCUGUGGACGCUGGUCGAGGAUGCAGACACCAAUGAACUUAUUUGUUGGAGUCAGGAGGGUAAUAGCUUCCUGGUCCUGGAUGAGCAGCGGUUUGCCAAGGAGAUGCUCCCAAAGUUCUUCAAGCACAACAACAUGGCCAGCUUCAUCAGGCAGCUCAAUAUGUAUGGAUUUCGUAAAGUGAUGCACCUCGACCAAGGCAUUGUCAAGCAAGAGCGAGAUGGUCCUGUAGAAUUUCAGCACCCUUACUUCAAACAUGGACAGGAUGACCUACUAGAGAACAUCAAGAGAAAGGUCUCAAGCACUCGUCCUGAGGAAAAUAAGAUUCGACAAGAAGACCUGUCCAAGAUCUUGGCGAGCGUUCAGAGUGUUCACAGCAAGCAGGAAAACAUCGAGGUCAGGCUAGCAACACUGAAGAGGGAGAAUGAAGCUCUGUGGACCGAGAUCUCUGAUUUGAGACAGAAGCAUGCCCACCAGCAACAACUUAUUAAAAAGCUCGUACAUUUCAUUGUCACAUUGGUACAGAACAACCACCUGCUGAAUUUAAAGCGCAAAAGGCCAAUUCUCAUGAACAGCAAUGGAAAGAAGCCCAAAUAUUUUCAUGAGAUCUACGAUGACAAAGUUUGUGUAGAGCAGUCACCUGUCAGCAGUCGGAAUAGUGUGAAGGUCUCUCAAGCAUUAGAUGACGUAAUCAUCUGUGACCUCUCCGAGAACGAUGUAGAGAGAUCCACCGAGAUCACAGAUGAGUCACCCAGAAACAACGAGCCAAGUGAUGUCGAAAUAGUGGAAGUAGAUUUGGAUGCCUGCCCAGUAAUGGAAGCUGAGGUAGAGGCCAGCACAACCUGCAUAGAUGAUGUCAAAGAGGCCGAGGGUGUGGGACACCAGAGGAGCAGCACAUUGGACUGCAGCAGACCAACCAGCAGUGCUCUUCAGCUCAAUAAACCGUCUGGUCUUAGUCUGGAAGACCCUGUAAAGAUGAUGGACUCCAUACUGAAGGAGAAUGGGGCUAUCUCACAGAAUAUUAACCUCCUGGGCAAGCUGGAGCUGAUGGACUAUCUGGGCAGCAUUGACUGCAGUCUGGAGGAUUUUCAGGCCAUGCUUUAUGGCAAACAGGGCAUCGACGAUACUUUUGAGGAGAGUGCGUCCUCGAAACAAAUCCCAGCACAACUAAAGCAGGUGGAAAACAACAUAGACAAGCAGUUGAUCCAGUACACUUCCUGCCCCCUGUUGUUGGCCUUCCUCGAUGGCUGUGCUGCUCCCGCAGAAGCAGACAUGGGCGGAGGGAGCAGCACCCAGGCGGAGCGCUCCUCCAACUCGCCUGCCUUUGUCGAGUCAGAUCCCCCCUCGGAGCUGCUGGACAGCGAAGACGAGUCUAAGCAACUCUACCGCAGCUCCCUCAUCCGCCUGGAGCCCCUAACAGAGGCCGAAGCAAGUGAAGAGACCCUUUUCUACUUGUGCGAACUGAGUCCGAAUGGCCCUGAGGCCAUCUGCCCUGAGCUGGAUGGCAUUUGAGCAGUGAGGCAACCAUGCUGUUUGUCCAUACUACACGUGGCCUUCAACAACAAGGCUUUUACACUGAACCAGUUAUGAACAGAAAUGAAUAAGCUGAAUUUGUUUAAUUGCUGUACGUUACGAGGCUUUGUUGCCAUCUGUCAAAGAUUGCACUGCUCUUCUAAGAGUUGCAUCAGCACACAACCGUGAUAUCAAUUCUGUUAAAUGUCACUUUUGUUCCAUGCAAUCCCUGUAUUACAUUACUUGAGGCUUAUCAUCAUCCUAUCUUGUGGAACUAGUUCGCAGAGCGCAAUCCACAAACUGAGGGCAUUUCCUUCUCUACAAACUGCAUGUUUCCUUGUACUUUGUAAAGGGAAACCUUUCCUGCCAUGUGUUCAACAUGUUUUUUUUUUAAUAUGGAUUGUUUUUAUGUCUAUGGUUUUUCCAUCUAAUGUCAAAAUGUCUGGCACAAACUGUCGCUGGUGUAAAUGCGCACACGCGUCCAUGCAGUCAGGUCAAAAGGCAGAAGACACCAGUGUCUCUUCACAUUGACAAUAUGCUUUUGUUAGCAAAUAGACUAAAUCUAUUUAUUAUUAUGAUUUCUUUUUUUUCUUCUUUUCAUUGUCUUGUUCCACAUUUCUCAUAAAACGACAUUCCUGGUGUUAGGCGUCAUGGUCAGGGACACUUGAGGUCCCUUUGAUUUGUUUUUCCAGCAUUCUUAGCAACUUGAACAAAGCUUAUUGAGGGACUAUAAUACUAACUCCAAAACAAGCUGUUGGUUUCCAAUGUUCUUCUGAUUAGAUAACAUUUCCGUAUUGUUGAAAUGCCAUUAUCGUUGUUCACGUUUAAAUAAUUACAGGGUUGUGUAAAGGAGAUGUUACGUUUUGAGAUCCAAUAAAAUGAGAGCUACAUCUUAAA